CACGUCGCGCGCUCUCACGUUCCCACGCUGCGCAUACUACUGCUGCGAAGAGUAGCCCGAGGGUGCGCCUGCGAGACACGUCCCGCCCACCGCAUUCCACCCUUGCAUGGGUGCCCACCCACCGCCGCCGCCGCCAUGCCCACUCCCCACCAGUCCUUCCACAUGUCGCAGCAAUCGCCGCAGCAGUCAAGCAGUCAGCCCAACGGCCACGGCGCAUAUGGCGCAAACCAUGGCUACAACGUAAGCUUCGACGGCAACCAGCAGCAACAUCAGAGCGCGUCGCAGCCUGCGCCGGCGAGUUAUGCGCAAAGCUUUCCCAAUGGACCUGUGAGCAACCCAGGCUAUGCGCGGAGCUUCGGCGAGGGAGCCAUGAGCGCCAUGCGCCAGUACAAUGAGAAACCGCAAAUAUAUACCGCCGUAUAUUCUAAUGUGUCCGUGUACGAAAUGGAGGUCGGCGGCGUUGCUGUCAUGCGCCGCCGUAGUGACGGCUGGUUGAAUGCGACACAAAUCCUCAAAGUCGCAGGAGUUGACAAAGGAAAGCGCACCAAGGUCCUUGAGAAGGAGAUCCUCACUGGCGAGCAUGAAAAGGUGCAGGGUGGCUACGGCAAGUACCAAGGCACGUGGAUCAGCUAUCGCCGAGGCCGCGAGUUCUGUCGCCAAUAUGGAGUCGAGGACAUUCUCCGCCCGCUGCUAGAUUACGAUGUGGCUGCCGAUGGGUCGCAAGGUCAAGGCGCACAGGAGACACCAACCAAAGAACAAGCGAUGGCUGCACAGCGGAAGAAGUUCUACGCGAACUCCAGCUUGGAUCCGAGACCUAAUGGCGUCCCCGGCGCGAAUGGCACUUUCUUUUCCAACAUCUCACCCACAACAAGUGUGGCAUUGGCUGCGAUGAACAAAGCCGCGCGACUCAAUUCUCCUGCGCCGAGGACGAGCAACACUCCUCGGCCCUCAAACAUGCGGCAAUCGCAACGAGAACCAUCGAAUAGUCAACAAAGCGUGGCUUCUGAUGUCGACGGCAAGCUCGAUUCUGGAUACAGUACUCAACCGAAUGGCGAGCCGCCGAGGAAACGCAUGCGACCUGACAGCCAGACUCAAGAUAUGGGCCCACCAAACUUACCCUACGAUACCUCUAUUCGCUCUACCACUCCAACAGAGCCGAACAUGAGCUUUUAUGAGCAGAAACUGAUGCAAGACUCUGUCAACUCGCAUGGUGAUCCAGUGGCGCUGGCACCUUUGCCCAGCCCUACCACAGAGCAUGAACAAGAGAAGAUGAACCUGAUUCUGGAUCUGUUCGCCGAGCAAGGUCGUAUGGACUACGCGUCACAUCCGGCCCUGACCCAGUUAUCGAAUGAUGACCUCAACAUGCCACUUGACGCUUCCGCCAACAAUGCUCUCCACUGGGCAGCAACUUUGGCAAAGGUGCCCCUGCUGAAGCUCCUGAUUCAAAAAGGUGCUAGCAUAUGGCGCGGCAACGCUGCAGGACAGUCGCCACUGAUAAGUGCAGUGUUGGUGAACAACUCCUGGGAACAUUCGUGCUUUCCAGAGUUGCUCGAGCUUCUUGGUCCCUUGAUUGAGGUUCGUGACCUGCAAGGCCGAACCAUUCUCCACCAUAUUGCUGUUUCUUCAGGCAUAAAAGGCCGUGGUCCGAGCAGCAAAUACUAUCUUGAGGCACUACUGGAAUUUCUUGUCCGAAUUGGAACCAAGUCAGACGCUGCAGGAGGUUCUCAAAACCCACCAAGCGUGGCAGCAGCGGCGGCAGCACACGCUGAUCAGGCAACUAAUGGCGACAAUUCCAGUCAGGAUACAGAGCGACCAUCAGACCAAUUGCGCGGCCCUAUCAGUCUUGUUCGCUUCCUCUCGCAGAUUGUCAAUGCGCAGGAUAAGGCUGGCAAUACUGCGCUCAAUUUGGUGGCUCGAAUUGGCAAUCGUAGUAUCAUUCAGCAACUGCUGGAGAUUCAUGCUGACCCUAGCCUUCCCAAUAGAAAGGGCGUUUCUGCCAAAGAUUUUGGCGUGGGACUCGAGCCAGGCGAGCAACCACGCUUUGUCAGCGGCGCCGGCCUCGCCAGCUCACAAUCGGGUCCGGCACCAUAUCCAGGAAUGACAUCUGCGAACACGGACGGAGAUACUGGUGGUGGCGCGACAGCGAGCCAAGCGGAGGACUUGGGUCAAGAGGUCAUUGCUUCUAUGACAUCCAUGCUUACGCAAAAUCUUGCCUCUCACAAAGAGCUUUUGCGUUCCAAGACGGAAGCGAUUGAUCGAAUGAACGAGCAAAUUCGUGAGCUCAGUGCCAUGCAAAAGGCCGAUCUAGAGAAGUUGCAGGAAAUGAAAGAGCGAGCGCGACUGAGAGCGGAGCGGAAAGCGAAGAUCGCUAACCUGCAGCGGGAAAUUGAGAAGAAGAAGUCUGCCAACAAGAAGAUGCAGAAUCGAAGAAAGUCACAGUCGCCCACAGAACAGAUUGAUCUGGAACCCGACUGGCUUACGGAUCUUAACGACAACCUUAACAGCACACGCAUGGAUGCCCAUCAACGUCAACUCAUCACAUCGAGUCUUCCGACACCAAACCUCAUCAAGGCUCGACUUUCCGCUUAUCAGAAAUCUAACAGCAAGUUGCAAGCGCAAGCCGAGCAGUUACGUGCCAAGUCGACGGAACUGGAAGGCUUGUAUCGGAAAGUCGUGGCCUUGUGCACUGGUGUACCGGAAGAGAAGCUGGACGAAGCUCUCCCUGCCCUUGUCGCCGCUGUGGAAAGCGAGAGAGGAACGCUGGGUGAAUCCGACGUGGGACGAGUACGGGAGUUCUUGAGAAAGACUGACAGCGGGAGAGAUCUUGAGCAGGCGACGGAGGAUGAGCCACAGUUGAUGAUCAACCCUACGAUCACGGCUGCUGCAGAGGCUAUGGAACGAGCACAUCAAGAUCGUCUGGCAAGUCAAGCGGCGAUGAGAGCUGCUGCGCAGGGAGCUCGCGUGAGGUGAGCGGGAA